UCUGCUGUCAGUGAUGAGUGGAACAGGUCAUACCUGUCUCUCUAAAACUCCUCCCAUUAAGGAAGUACAGAGUCUGAGACGACUGCAGUCCUUUUGCAGUGUUCUGCUCUGGUGAGUUUAGUUUUAUUCUCGGUUUAUGGAGAAUUCUGAGUCUCAUUUUCAGCUCUGUGAAAGGAAGUGAUUACUAACUGGACCUGCAAAGUCGUAUAUUAACUUUAAACAAACCUGAAAUCAGGGUGUGAUUACUUUUGAUCAAAGUGAAUGUGAAUCUGAACAUUCGGACUGGAGAGAACAACAACAGCAGCAAAAUAAAAUGGCUUCUAAGUUUUCAGAGGAGGAUUUCUCUUGUCCUGUGUGCUGUGAAAUCUUCACGGAUCCUGUUGUUCUGCUCUGCAGUCACAGUGUGUGUAAAGUGUGUUUGCAGAAGUUCUGGGAGACCAAAGGAUCCAGAGAAUGUCCUGUUUGUAGGAGGAAGUCAUCUAUGGAAUAUCCUCCCACAAAUCUGGCCUUAAAGAACCUGUGUGAGACUUUCUUACAGGAGAGAAGUCAGAGAUCUUCAUCAGCGUCUGAAACAGUCUGCAGUCUGCACAGUGAGAAACUCAAACUCUUCUGUCUGGAUGAUCAACAGCCGGUGUGUGUGGUGUGUCAGACUUCAAAAAUACACACCAACCAUAAAUUCUGCCCCAUUGAUGAGGCAUUAACAGACUGUAAGGAGGAGCUGAAAACUGCUCUGAAGCCCCUACAGGAGAAACUGAAGAUCUUUAAAGACUGUAAACUGAACUGGAGUCAGACUGCAGAACAUAUAAAGAUUCAGGCCCAACACACAGAGUGGCAGAUUAAGGAGGAGUUUGAGAAGCUUCACCAGAUUCUACGAGAUGAAGAGGCAGCCAGGAUAGCUGCACUGAGAGAGGAAGAGGAGCAGAAGAGUCAGAUGAUGAAGGAGAAGAUUGAGAAGCUGAGCAGAGACAUAUCAUCUCUUUCAGACACAAUCAGAGGCGUAGAAGAGGAGAUGAGAGCUGAAGACGUCUCGUUCUUACAAAACUACAAGGCCACAGUGAAAAGAGCUCAGUGCACACUGCAGCAUCCAGAGGAGCUUUCAGGACCACUGAUCCAUGUGGCAAAACAUCUGGACAACCUGAAGUUCAGAGUCUGGGAGAAGAUGCAGGACACUGUCCAAUACACACCUGUUACUCUGGACCCCAACACUGCUCAUCCUAAACUCAUUGUAUCUGAUGAUCUGACCAGUGUGAGAGUCAGUGAUGAGAAACAGAAGCUUCCUGAUAAUCCAGAGAGAUUUGAUGAUCAUGGCUGUAUCCUGGGCUCUGAGGUCUUUAACUCAGGGACAUACUGCUGGGAUGUUGAAGUAGGAGACUGUACAAGGUGGUUAGUGGGUGUGAUGACAGAAUCUGCGCAGAGGAAGGGAGAUAUAUUCUCCAGAAGUGGAAUCUGGUGUGUGUGGUAUUAUGAUGUUAAAUAUGGAACAUGUUCUACACCACAGUCACUCACUCUCCUCUCAGUAACACAGAAGCUCCAGAGGAUCAGAGUGCAGUUGGACUGGAACACAGGAAAGCUGUCGUUCUCUGACCCUCUCACUAACACACACAUACACACUUUCACACACACAUUUACUGAUAAAUUACUGCCAUUUAUAACUGUUGCUUGUAAUAAAUCUCCUGUAAAGAUCCUCCCACUUCAGUGCUCUGUAAGAGUGAAUCAGAUCAGUUAGAGCUGAUAUUGUUUUAUUCCAAUUCAUUAAUGAAAUAUUGCUGAUGAAAAGAUUCAUGUUCUUUGUGAAAGUCUGUUUUUACUGAAGCACUGAACACUU